AUGAGCACCACCACCGCCGCCUUCUCCCCCAUCCCCAGCUAUCUCCUCGGUGCUCUCUGCCUCGCCCUGGGCCUCAACAGCAUCCUGCGCCCAUCCAACGAAUAUCCGCGUUUCGGGCUACCGUUUGAAUCGGGGCCCGUCGGCGCUAAUGCCCGCAAAGUCAAACCUUCUAAGCCCACUCAGCCUACCGGCGCGAACGACGCCUGCGUCAGCCCCCUGAUCCACCUCAAAGGCAUCCGCGAGACCAGUUACGGUCUGGCUUUGAUCGCGCUGCAGUAUCAGGGCCAGGACGUGGCGGUGACGACCAUCGCGGCUAUUUGUGCGCUCGCGGGCCUGGGCGAUGGGGUUGUUGUGUGGAAGUACGGGGAAGAGGAGCUCAGGGUGAAGAAGGCGUUGGGGCAUUGGAUGGCGUUUUUGGGGUUUGGGGGGUGGGCUUUGUGGAGGGUUUACUGGUGA